AUGCAAAGUAAAGAAGAUGGCGUGCAGCUGAAUAAUUACGAUGAGGGAGCCUUCUCGGAUUUUGACAUGGCUUCAGACUCCGAUCGUAGCGUGUCGUCCACUUCCAGCCGUCCGAAAGUGUGGCACUGUGAGUACGACGGGUGCACGAAGUCGUUUUCGCGCCCUUCUCAACUCACGGAACACCAAGAGACAGUGCAUAGGGGAAUCAAGCCAUUUGGGUGUCCCGAAUGCGGCAAAGCCUUCGCUCGAAAGUCACAUUUGGAAAGGCACAUGUUUUGCCACUCGAGCGAGAAGCCGUAUAAGUGUUCCAUAUGCCAAAAGGGUACUACCACUCUGCAGCAGCUGCGAAGACAUGAAAUUACCCACACCAAGUCGUUUAAUUGUCCCUACGAAGGAUGUGGCGAAACCUUUUACAAACACCCUCAACUUCGAUCGCAUAUUCUUUCGGUACAUCUGGAUAAGCUGACCUGUGAGUUCUGUGGCAAGAAAUUCCAACGGCCUUAUCGCCUUCAAGCCCAUAUAUCAAAACAUCAUAACCCAGAUACAAUAUUCAAGUACCAGUGCUCGCACAAAUCGUGCGUUGAGUCAUUCAAAACCUGGACCGCUUUACAGCAGCAUAUCAAAGAGCAUCAUCCUAAACUUCCCUGCCCCAUUUGUAACAAAGCAUGCGUUGGCGAUGCAGGAUUGGCGAUGCACAUGAAAAUCCACGACAGUUUGACGGUUAUCAGGAACUGGAAAUGUGAAGUCUGCCACGAUCUAUCUUUUGCCAAAAAAUCGGAUCUGGUCUCGCACUAUCAAGAAUGCCAUCAGGGCCUAGUAGUGAAGCUGCUUGAAAAUGAGGCAUUGCUUGAGACGGCAGUCUCUGAUCGUCAUCCUCCGGUCUCAAAUUCGGAGCCUACACAGCUUAAAAGGACUGCAAGAAGAAUCGAUUUCAAUGCUCAAUCAGAGCUAGAUUCUAUAAAAACGGAGGUCACCUUGCGCAAGCACUUAGAUGCUGGCAUUUCUGCCACGACCUUACUGCUCAAUUCUGCUGGCAGAAAGCUAAAGUGCCCAUACUCAAAAUGCUACAGGACCUUCAAAACUCGGAACAAGUACGACGUGCACAUCCAAAAGCAUAAAAUUCACGAACUCAAACUGAAGAUAUUAGAAGACUCUGACAGAAAUGACAAGUCAAAGACCAACCCAAAAAUCGAGGAAGUUGAUAAAAAGGGUAUGACAAAAGAAGUCCAAGGCGACCUUAAAGAUGUUGAUAACAUUUAA